CUCUUCCGCCGAGUACCGCAUAAACAGCCGAGACACAGACACAAAUCGCGAACCUAAUCGGUCGCGCGCACGUCGACAAAGGACGCUCCACGCCUCCACUCACCGAACAACCAGCCGGCGGUGAACACGCCGAUUUCCUUAUCGCCCACACUCGCGAGUGCCAUAUGAACGUCCUGUCGUCGUCCGAUCGAGCGACACUCCGGCACAUUCGUCCCCCGACUCCCAUUGCGCGCGUCUAGUAUAUUAUUCCUUUGUUCUCGAUCUCCGAAAUCUGUUCGUUGUAAGAAUAAAACGCCGACUGAUAUGAAUCCGCUGUGCUACGUUUUUUUGGUGGCCCUCGCCAAUUCCGCGGUGGCCAUAUAUCCGUCCAAUUCGGACGUCAUCGAACUCACCGACGACAAUUUCAACCAGGUGCUCCAGAGCGUCGAGAUAUGGGUGGUCGAGUUCUACGCCCCGUGGUGCGGGCACUGCCAGCGACUUGUGCCCGAAUAUUCGAAAGCCGCCAAAGCCCUGAAGGGUAUCGUCAAAGUGGCUGCCAUAGAUGCCGAUAAGUAUCCAUCUUUUGCAGGCCGUUAUGGCGUACAAGGUUUUCCUACUGUCAAAAUAUUUGUCGAUAAGAACAAACCACAAGAUUUCACCGGAGAUCGAACGGCCGUUGGUAUUACCGAUGAGGUCACCAAAGCCAUUAAGAACGCCAUUAGCGCUAACCUCCAAGGUGUACCUUAUGGAUCCUCUAAAUCCUCUAAAAAAUCAUCAUCUGGUGACGACGUUGUUGAACUGACUGAUUCAAAUUUCGAUAAGCUUGUAUUGAAUUCUGAUGAUAUUUGGUUGGUUGAAUUCUUUGCCCCAUGGUGUGGACAUUGUAAAAACUUGGCUCCUCAUUGGGCAGCAGCUGCUUCAGAACUUAAAGGAAAAGUUAAACUCGGAGCAUUAGAUGCUACUGUACACUCUUCCAAAGCUCAAGAAUUCAACAUUCGUGGAUAUCCCACUAUUAAAUUCUUCCCAUCAGGUACAUCCAGUUCAAGUGGAGCUGAAGAAUAUACUGGAGGAAGAACAUCUUCAGACAUUGUUAGCUGGGCAAUGCAAAAACAUCAAGAAAAUGUACCACCACCAGACAUCAUUGAGAUUGUAAAUGAAGAUACAUUCAAAGCUGGGUGCUCCGAGCAUGCUCUGUGUGUGGUCUCUGUACUACCCCACAUUUUAGAUUGCCAGGCCAGCUGUCGUAAUGAGUACCUGAAUACAUUACGCUCUUUAGGAGAUAAAUUCAAACAAAAACUUUGGGGGUGGUUGUGGGCGGAAGCAGGCAAGCAACCAGAAUUGGAAUCAACACUAGAAAUCGGUGGUUUUGGAUAUCCCGCUUUGGCUGUGCUGAAUGUUAAAAAAAUGAAAUAUUCAAUUUUAAGAGGGUCAUUUUCAGAAGAUGGAAUUAAGGAAUUUUUAAGAGAUCUGUCUUACGGUCGUGGUACAACUGCUCCAGUUAAAGGUGCUGCAUUACCAGAAAUUCAAGCAACUGAACCUUGGGAUGGUAAAGAUGGUGAAUUACCAACUGCCGAUGAUAUUGAUUUAUCUGAUGUCGACUUAGACGAUCUUCCUAAAGAAGAAUUAUAAACACAUCUCCAGUCUCCCUUUUUUUUUAUAUUUUAUAUUUUUUUAAGACUGAACAAGUUUUGCUAAUAAAAUGUUUAAUUGUAACACUUAACAGUCAUCCUUCUGAUUUAAACUUCAAUAAACUAACGUAUUAUAAUCAGAAAAUUAAUAUUGAUUUGAAAAACAUUUACACUUAUAAUUUGUAACUUAUUAAUUAACUAGUUGUUAAAUUAAUCUAAAUAAUACCUAGAUUUCCACCUAUUUAUGUGUAAUAUUCUUUUUUAAGGUAAUAUCAGAGUUCAAUUUUUGAAGAAU